UUGGUAAAGAGAUCCAAAAACCUAGAAGCAAUUAGGCCAACGGCCAAUCACAAUCGGAUCGAAGACUUGAAAAUUGGAUAGUUUUAAAACGUAUGACUAGUUUUGGAAGUGUAUUUUGCUGAACAACACCAUUCUUAUCUAAAAAAAUGCCUUCCGAUUCAUCAUGCUCGCCGUAUACAGCAGAAAUUAUUGAUUCAAGAAUCACAAUAUCCGGUAGAUCAGCAAGAGAUCAGGAAAUCGAAUCAAUGGAAAACAAGAGUUCGACAAUCAUGAUGAAGAAGAAAACUGAACAAUUGGAUCGAACUAAUUAUUUAUCGACAUUAAUGCACAUGCUCAAUGGUUUUAUUGGAUCCGGAAUACUUUCGAUGCCAAUCACAUUUAAGAAUGGUGGUCUCAUUCUUGCUUCGGUCAUGAAUCCAAUGAUUGGCAUUUUAUCUUGUCAUUGUAUUCACAUGUUGAUUCAGAUAAACGAAUUAUCCAUCAAAAUCGAUGGUAGGACCACUCCUCUGGAUUACCACGAACUGGCCGAAUUUGCAUUCAGAAUUGGUCCAAAGCUACUUCGACCAUGGGCACGAAUAGCUCGAUACUUUGUUCUGGUGGCCAUCGCAUGUACUCAGAUUGGUGGAUGUUGUGUUUACUACCUGUUUAUUGGAACAAAUGUACAAAAGUUUCUAUCGCAAAUUUAUGGCACGGAAAAAAGUCCAUCAAAAGAGGCGUGCCUGGCAAUGAUACUGCCCAUAGUGAUUGGCAUCAACUACAUCCGUAAUAUACGUAGAUUAACAUUCCUGUCGACUAUAUCGAAUUUCUUGCAAGUUGCCGGUAUUGGAAUCAUAUUGUAUAACCUAUCCACGCAGCCGUGGCCUGAAUUUCCUGAUCAAUUGCCUAAAAUUGGUGAAAAAAUACCGCAAUUCUUUGUGUCUUCUUUAUUCAUCUUCGAAGGCAUUUCUUUGUCGAUGAGUCUGUACAAAACGAUUGAUAAGGCGGAGAAAUUCUCUCGUCCAUUUGGCGUAUUGAACGUUGGCCUAUUGCUUAUCGGGGCAUUUUAUUUUACUCUAGGAUUCAUGGGUUAUUCAUGUUAUGGUUCAAAUGUAGAGGCUACGAUAACGUCAAAUUUAACUGGAAGUCACAUCAACAAUACAGUACAGGUUUUGUAUGCGUUGGCCGUAUUGUUUACCUAUCCAAUAAUUCUUUAUGUGCCCAUACAAAUCUUGUGGCCAAUUAUGGAACGUAAUUUGCGAAACAAAUUCAUUGUCGGCGACGGAAUUCUGGCCAAUCGAACAACACUGAUCAUAGAAUUGUCAUUUAGAACUGGAUUAGUUUUAUUCACAUACAUGUUAGCAUCGGUUGUUCACAAACUCGAGCUUAUUAUAUCGUUGAUAGGAGCUAUCACAUCGAGUUCGAUUGCCGUGAUUAUACCAUCGACACUUCAUUUGAUCACCUUUUACGGUCAAUGUUCAUCAGGACAUCAAAGAAGGUGGCUUUUAACCAAGAAUUUGGCCAUCAUGAUGGUCGGUUGGUCGGGAUUUUUUCUGGGCUCUUAUUACAGCCUCUGUGAUAUCAUUGGUUCAUAUCGAUCUGAUGAUGAUCUCAUCAUUGUUGCACAAUCAACGAUAGCGCCACUUGAACCUUUCCGGUCGUCUAUCGAAUAAAUUACAUUCCAUGCACAUCUGUCUCAAUGUUCAUUUAAAAUAUACGAAAGCCGAUAUUUCUUUUUCGAUACUUCAUGAUCGAUGCUUGAUUCAUCAAUGCCAAACAUACUACAGUGCGAUAUACACGUGGUGUGAUUGUGAAUUCAAGUGGAAAAAUGCAAUCGCCAACAUGAAUCGAUUGGUAUUGCAUUUUUUUUCUUACCCAAAGAUUUGAUUAUUUAUUAUUACGAAUAACGAUGAAGGAUUCAUACUGAUGCAUUUAUUUGGUAACCCUUCACUCACAUACACAAACGCACACAUAUACAUUGAUGUAGAGUUAUUACAAAUAACUUGGAAAAAAAGUUAAUUUCUCUUUAUUCGAAUCAUCAUAUAAGCUUUAUAUAUUCGAAGAAGAGUCCAGAAUAAAAUAUCAAAAGUGAAUGAUAUCCGAUCAACACA